AUGAACAGAGCGGGGCGAAAUUGGAACGCGCAGACCGGUAAAGUCACUAAUCUGGGAGAUCCUACCGAAAUGAGUGACGCGGUGACCGUGAAUUACCUAGUGAGAGUACUGAGUAAUGUUGUGCACGGUAUGUACAAACUACAGGCUCCGCCGCUAGACGCUAUACACGUAACCGAUAAAGACGAGUGGAUCAGGAUCAACAUUGUCGACCCUUACUUUAGGAACCCGGUGACCAGGUUUACUUUAGGCUAUCUCAACAGCAACGGAACAUCGCUGACUAACAAUAUUAAGGACGCCGUUACGAGGUUCCAGGAGGUCUUCGGACUACAGGUGACCGGAUAUGAAAACGAGGAGACGCUGAAGCUGAUGGGCACACCCAGAUGCGGUAACUCGGACGAAGGCAUAGCCCCGUUUUCCGUGAACCCAUUAGUUAAAUGGAACUCAACUCGGGUCACGUGGAACAUGAUUGGCUCUGGCAUCCAGUAUGCUAACAUCGUUGAGAGAGCGUUUUCUUUGUACUCCAAACACUCUGCUCUCGAAUUCCGUAGAAGUUACAGUAAUCCCACUAUAAUGGUAGUGAUUUCCCCUAAGAAACACGUGGCGUACUACCUUAAAAGCACUUGCAGUUACGAUUUUGACGGUCCAGGCGGCGUUCUCGGCCACGCCUUUCUCACUCGACCGUGGCUGAACCAAUCGGAUAUACACCUUGAUUUCGAAGAUGAGUGGGACUUUACAAUGAAUAUACCCGCACCGGAGAAGACUUCGUUCUUUGUAGUGAUGGUCCAUGAAAUAGGCCAUGCUCUCGGUCUUCAGCAUUCGUCUGUGUUACGAUCCGUAAUGUUUCCGUCCUAUUACCCGCCAUCGGGUAUCAACAACUUGUACGAAUUUGAUUUGGACAGAGACGAUCAGCUUGCAAUUCAGGUUUUGUACGGACCGCCUGUCCUGUCCUCCUCCUCCUCCACGUCCACAACAUCAUCCACUACAACAUCCACUACAACAUCCACUACUACGACGACAACAUCGACUACCACUAGGCCUACCACGCCUUGGACAGAAUUGGACAUUUGUACGGUUAUACAAGACCGAGACCGAGACCAUGGAGGACCCGUCAACGGCUAUGGACCUGGAGCCUACGAGGAUCCCUAG